AUGCCUCUUGGGACCGAGGGCCUAUACACCAAAGGCUUCCUCCAAAAUGGACGCGCAUUCAAAGAUGUUUCAGACUUGAGAACAUUCAAACAAAAUCACGGCGUGGGACUGGUUACAUUUCACCGGGCCGAACUCAUUCAGUCACUCUAUGACAACCUGCCUGAUGGGGCCAAGGCACGCUACCUCCUAAAUAAAAAAGUUGCCAGUAUUGAGUCUGGGGAGCAGGGGGUGAAGGUUAUCACCACUGACGGAAGCGUCUAUACCGGCUCUAUCGUGAUUGGUGCAGACGGCGUGCACAGUACAACUCGCAAGAUCAUCCGUGGCCUUGCUUUAGCAGAGGACCCCGAGAGGGAGUGGGAUGCAGAGAACCCGUUCCCAGCCGAGUAUAGGUGUUUAUGGUGCACAUUUCCUCGCCCUUCCGAGCCGGGCGAAUGCUUUGAGACACCUGGCAAGGACUUGUCUGCUAUGUACCUGACAGGUAGAGACCGUGGCUGGGUUUUGCUUUACGACAGGCUACCAGAGGCGACAAUUGAGCGACACGACUACACCGAGAAGGAUAUAGAAAAGUUUGCAGCUAAGAUUGCCGAGUAUCCUCUCAGAGAAAACCUCAAAGCCAAGGAUAUAUUCGAGAAGCGGUUUACCUGGGGCUUGUCCGAUCUCGGGGAGGGUGUUGCAAAGCAUUGGAGCUGGGGUCGGAUCGUUCUUGUAGGAGAUGCGAUCCACAAAUUUACGCCGAAUACUGGCUCAGGCUUGAACAACGCAAUUCAAGACAUCGUUGCACUCACCAACGGGCUACAUUCUGCUAUUCAAAGGGUUCCCGGACAGCCUGACAGCAACACGCUUACGGAGGUCUUUAAGAAAUAUCAGGAGCAACGCAUGAACCCCUUACAAGAAGAUUACAAGCGAUCGGCCCUCGUUACUCGACUGCAAGCUUGGGCAAGCCGUCUACAUUUCUUCUUGUCCAGAUUUGUCUUUUCUUGGUCUUUCGCAGCUAAUUUCCUGGUCAAUCAUGUCAUAUCACCUGCUGUGAGGCAGGGCCUAGUGCUCAACUAUGUGGCCUGUACGGACUUACCUAAGGGUAAAGUUAGUUGGGAACACCAAAUACCCAAUUCUGAAGCAGCCGAAUAA